AUGUCGACAUCUGCGUCUGGCCCCGCGAGGGCCCCGACGGUGUUUGAGCAGCAGAGAGAGGAAUUGAUCAGGGAGAUUGCGUUGGAAAUGGAAAACGUCCUCCAGAACCUGAACCGCCUGAACCGGAAUCUCGAGAGUAUUAUCGCUGUCGGCAACGAAUUCAGCUCCGUCGAGGCGCUCUGGUCGCAGUUUGAGAACUUCAUGGGAACCAAUCCUGAGGGUGGUCGCGGUGGCGACGAGGAACAACAAGAGGAUGGCGAGAAUAAUAACGGCGUCAAGCGCGAGGAUGGCAAGGAAGGACACCACGACAGUCAAUUGGAGGGCGAUGAGGGGAAAGAGAGUCGAUAG